AUGUCGGAUGAAUUCAAUGCUAGCAAUGCUGUGAAGCCUUCAGCUGGCUACGAUGUCAACCAGCUCAAGGGAAAGAGUGUUGUGAUCACAGGCGGCGGAAGUGGUUUGGGUGAGGAGUUCGCAAAACGUUUUGCUAAAGCCGGAGCAUUUGUAACCAUUGGCGACGUAUCCGAAGAGCGUGGCAAGAGAGUCGUCUCUGAGAUUGGCGAAGAUAAAGCAGCCUUCGCCCAAUGCGACGUCCUCACCUGGUCCGACCAAGUCCGCCUCUUCAAGACAGCCAUCUCCCGCUCCCCAUCCAAGUACGUCGACGUCGUCGUAGCCAAUGCGGGCAUCAGCGGCCAAGAUCAGGUCUGGAAAGAUGAUGCCCCCGACGCGGACUCCGACCCCAUCGAACCCGACCUCUCCAUCCUCCGCACCAACCUCAUCGGCGUGACAUACACCGCCAAACUCGCCGUGCACUACCUCUCCCGCAACCCGCCCGACCACGAUCGAUGUCUGAUCAUGACAGCCUCAGUCGCCGGAUACCUGGACCAGCCUGGAUCUCCACAGUACAACGCCUCCAAAUGGGGCGUGCGCGGCAUAAUGCGCUCGCUCCGACGCACGAUGCCCACGCAGUCGAUGCGGGUGAACAUCAUCGCGCCUUGGUUCACGAAGACAAACAUCAUCGCGGAUGACGUGAUCGAUCGUCUCGAAUCGAAGGGCAUAGAUUUCGCGACGAAGGGGGAUGCGGCGAGUGCGGUGUUGCAUUUUGCGAGUGAGCGGUCGAUCAAUGGUCGAGCAUGCGCGAUCGUACCUCGAAACGUCGCGCCAGAGGGGUAUAUGGACUUAGGAAAGGACGACAACAGUGUAGAUGACAUUGUGACUGGGUGGCAGAACCUAGCUAUGAAGGUUAGUCAUCGCAUUGGCACAAGGUAA